AUGGCAUUUCAUGCUGGGAUACAUAUGAGACCGGAAGCAGGGUUGGAAAAUAAUCCGGUGGAUCUGACGACAGGACCGACGAACUACAUUGCUGAAGAUUCAUCGUUGCCGAAGCACAUGUUCUCGCCGAGCUUGAAACCGAGACGAACAUUCCGGGAAAGGGCAAAGCUUAUAAAGAAUUUGCAACUCCCAAUGCGACAUCUGCCCGAGUUCAAAAGGAAAGACAAUAUGAGCAAACAUGUGCUGUUCCAGGCCGACCCUUCUUCCGACGCCACGCAUCCUGAAAAGCCGGUUGUCAGUCAGAUCACCGCAGGGUUACGGUCAGAGUCCGCAGGCGAUUCGAGGGUUGUCUUGCCGGUCCGCCUGAAGGAGGAUUCCGGUUCAAUGGCACCAAAUCCAGAGCCAUCCCGCAAUCUCGAAUUGCCAGACCUCAAAGGGAUGCAAAGCGAUGAAGGGGCCGACGGAGACAUGCAGGAAGAUACGAGAGAAGAAUUAGUUCCGCAAGAUGUCGAUACACCCACGACCGGGAACGGGUCACCGUCCGGAGGGCUUUCUCCGUUGAUUAUGACCCCUGGCCCCGAUGAGCCGGAGGACAUGGAGACGUCCCAGAGUCCCAUCUUAGACUCGGGGCUCAUCCAAGACGUCUGUGAACAAAUUCUCAGGCAAGCAUUUGACACAGAGUACGAUGACAUUGCGCAUACCGAUGCGGCGGUCGACGCGUACAACACCGUCAGCUACUGUCUGGAUGAGCUGUCGAGGAUUCUUCCGGAUGACAGUCUGUUCAACUCCGCCAUUUGCAUCCAAGAUCUGCCUCGCGGAGCGGGUCACCUUGCGCCGGCCCGGCAAGAAGGAAGCGGCUCAAAUUCUGGAAUGGGCCGCUGUGGCGGAGCGAACAAUGGGUCACAGAAGAGGCCGAACGACGACGGUAAUGGGUACCCCAGCCGGAGACCUGAAGACGGCUUUAGUUCCGGAGAUCGAGGCUUUGGUGGGGGCAAUAAUGAUGGCGGAAAUAAGAGAGCGAGAAUGACGACCGAGUCGGAGGGACAAGGAUUGAGCUGUCCCUUCCGCAAGAGAAACCCCUUGAAAUUCAAUAUCCGCGACCAUCAACAAUGUGCUGUCCGGCCCUUCGACGAUAUGACUCAUCUGAAGCGCCAUAUCAAGGACCUCCAUAAACAGAAGACGGGCUCUGUCUACCACUGCCCUAGAUGUAAAGAGGAAAUGCAGUCUCGUGAAGCAUUGGAUGCGCACAUUGCAGUGCCUAAUGACAGAAUCUGCAGCCCACAGGAAGGAUCCGCGAGCGGCAAUCCGGAGGAUGGUAUCACCGGUCGAGUUGAAUACUGGCUUAAUAACCGGAAGGCAAAUGCCAAGAUUGACAACUGGGAAAGUCUCUGGCGCAUAUUGUUCCCUUCAGACGAUGUCGUACCAGAACCUGAUUUUGUGGCCCCAGUCGAGCGGGAAGAGUUCUACGGAGAUUUGAAGAACGCUCGCCCACAGCUCAUAGAAAUCCUGACCUUGAACGGAGAACUGAGUCUUUCGGAAAGCCAACGGUCCGAUCGACAACACAUGGAGCAACUUGCUGACAUUUUCUACGGCCAUGUUGGCCAAGUCUUCCAAAACUCCCGCCGCCAGCCGAUGAACCUGGUCCGCCGCUGGAAGAGUGGUAAACGUAACCCGAAGGCCGAGAAUCCGAAUCCGGCAAGCCUAAUAAGCCCGGCAAUGCAGAGACAGGGCCGAGGACAGGAUCAACUUACGGUUCCCAGGCCGAUUGUCAAGAAACAGGCCACCACCGGCGACGGCUAUGGAGGCAGCCUAGCUUCUUCUCUCGAAACUAUCAACAGCGCUAAGUCAUGGGCGAAUGUAGGUCAGGCGGAGCUGAUGGCGACGAGGGCGACGAGGGCGACGAGGGCGGCUCCCGGCUUGACUGGUUCGGGGAACGUGCAGUCGGGCCAGGUACAGUUCGCGCAGACGGGUGCCGGUGUGAUCGCAUCGCCCUUGGGUCUUCGCCAGGAUCGACAGCCUGAUUUUUUCGCAACUCGGAGUCCAGUCAAUCCGAGAACACCCGUCAGCCUUCAAGCCGGUUUUGACGUUUAUGGAAAUGGGGUCGGCAACUCGAACCAGCCAGCUCAAGUCACCGCGUUUCACCAUGGUCGACAGGAUCUGGUAGAUCCAGGGAUCGAGAUGGUGAAUCAUUGUCCUCCGGCCCAGGGCAUGAACGGAUUGAACAAUAUCCAUCGAGUCAACAUCGGGGGAGUGUUCGGAUCGUCGCCACAGCCGCAGCAUUCGGCUUAUCAACAACAGCCCGGACACAUGGCGCUGGCCAACCCCGACGAUGCUCAAAUGCCCAUGAGAGAGAUGUAUGCUUCCAAUUUCGACUGGGGCUUGAAUAGUAGCGGAGUGGAUCUGUUACAGCAACAGUAUCAAGGGGGUCAUUCGACUUUCUGA